CGCACGAGUUACCAACUUGUGCGCACAAGAUAGUAACUUGCGCGCACAAGUUAGUAACUCGUAGUUAGUAUAUUGUAAUCAAUAGUUACACGUGUUUAUAGCAUGGGCACACUAUGCUUUAUGGAAGGCGAUCCUGCCGGACAAACAUUCUAUAAAUUAAGGUGUCAGAUCAAAUAAUCAUGACCACAAAUGAUUUAGCUAUCAUUAUUUCAACCUACUUUAGCCUAGGUUUGCAAUAUGAAGAAAUUAUUGGUUUGUUGGCUCAAAGACAUAAUGUUAUUUUAUCUAUGAGAACUUUGAAAAGACGCUUAGCUUCGUAUGGAUUGUACAGACGAAAGAAUUUUUCGGAUAUUUUCCAAGUUGCUAUGUUUAUCUUCGAACAACUAAAGUCAUCUGGUUGUCUCCAUGGAUACCGUUGGAUGCAUUCGAGAUGCUUACAGAAUGGUUUUAUUGUCCAAAAGGAGAUGGUAAGAAUCCUAUUAGGCAUAUUGGAUCCUUCUGGCGUUGCUGCGAGAGUUAAGCGCAAACUAAAAAGAAGGCACUAUAGAUCCAAGGGUCCCAACUACAUAUGGCACCUUGACUCAUAUGAUAAGUUAAAACCGUAUGGAAUUUGUGUCAACGGAUGUAUAGAUGGGUUUUCAAGGUUUAUAAUUUGGUUACGUGUUGGUAGAAGCAAUAAUAACCCACGAAUUGUAGCGGGAUUUUAUGUAGAAGCUUUGACUUCUUUAGAAAGGGUACCACAUUCAAUACGAUCAGACAUGGGAACCGAAAACAGUUAUAUUGCUGAAAUGCAGUCAUUCUUAAGGAGGAAUGGUCCCGGAAGCAGAACAGCUUUUCUCUAUGGAACAAGUCAACACAAUCAACGUAUAGAGAGCUGGUGGGGAAUACUUAGAAAAGAAUGUGUACAAUUUUGGAUGGAAUUCUUUGAACAGAUGAAGCAAGACGGCUACUUCACAGGCGACUUCAUCGAUAAAAGUCUGAUACAAUAUUUUUUCAUGGAUAUUAUCAGAAAAGAGCUUGAAAAUGUCGUUGAAACAUGGAAUGCACACCGAAUUCGCAAAUCGAAGCAUUGCGACAUAAACGGGCGUCCAAUGGUCUUAUACCAGGCACCUUUCUUGAAAGGCACCGAGGAUUAUUCACUACCUUUGGACAAUGUCGAACUAAAUGCUUGUGCCGAGGAGUGUGACUUCGACGAUUCAGACUGUGACAAUGACAUUUUGGACCUGGCUGACAUAUUAAUGGAGGAAAACAGCUGGACAAAAACAAGAGAUCCCUAUGACAGAGCCACACUUUAUUUACAAAUGAGGGAUAUAAUAAAACAAAAUUUAUAAUUCAAUAUUGGUUUUAUUAAUAUUAUAUUUAUUUAUAAAUUUACUAAAAUAAAUCUCU